CUUUGCUGCGGAUUCGGAUAUACAAAUGAUAAUUUCCACCGAUAUAGAUCUAAGAUACUCUACCUGCAACUAACAACAACAUAGUUAAAUACCAGGGUUUAUUAACGCCAAGUAAUUUAAUUAUCAUAUACGAUGGCUAAUGACUUCCAAAUAUUCACAUCUAUACGCUAUGAUCCCUCUCUAUUAAAAGUCCCGGAGCUCGGAUUUAACAAUGUCGGAUGGAACCAGAAUCCUUCUCCCUUUUACAUGCUUGACUUCCACCGGGAUCGCAUGCUAAGGGCUGCCGUAUAUUGGGAUUGGAAUGCCGCCAUUGCCACUCUUUCCGGAGAGAAAGGCAUCGAAAAUCUACAGAGCUUUCUCAAAACCAAUGCCGCCGGAUUGGGAAGCGGACCUCACCGAGUAAUGAUUACUCUAGCUUCGGAUGGAACUUUGGGUUAUCAGACAUCACCUCUUCCAGAAACACACAUAAAUAAUCUACACCCCGAAUCCUUACCGAGCCCGAACUCAGAUGAUCUGGAUUCAGUUGGAAAGGGUAAGGUUGUUGUGCAAGAUCCCCUGUACGACAUACUUCUUGAUAGUCAGAAGACAGCGAAAUCCGAGUUCACUCAUUAUAAGACCACUUUUAGAGACAUAUAUAAUUCCGCACGAAAAAGAGCUCAAAUAAAUCCAGGUGAGAAGAAAGAAGUACUUCUUGUCAACGAAGAUGGUCAAGUUAUGGAGGGUAGUAUUAGUACCCCUUAUUUUUGGAGGGAUGGAAAAUGGGUGACUCCGCCCAUUCCAAGCGAGUAUGACGCCUCACAAGGUAGCGGCGGGAAUGAUGGUACGACUAGAAGAUGGGCACUGGAAAGAAACCUUGCAAUUGAGCAAGUCGUGCUUGUCGAUUCACUACUUGACGGUGAAAAUUGUUGGAUAAGUAACGGCCUUCGAGGCUUCAUAUCUGGAAAGGUGAAGCUACGUUGAGUUUCAUGAUACCUUCCUACAUAUGUAGCUGAUCAACUCUACACGAAUCCUGCCGGUAAUUACUACUCCUUGGAAAGACCUAACCGACUGUUGGCGCACAAUUAAAACUUAAACAACUGUACGAAUGAGAUAAGGAGUGUAGUAUAUCAACAACACUACAGCAUUUGGCGCGCCAUUGUACGAUGCUCGAGGAACGACCACCUGGAUAUUAAUAUCCGCAGUAGUAACGGCUUUCCCGUGUCACUCGUCAAUGAUGUUCUACGGUGACGUCGUUCUGUGCAACCGAACCUUUAUCAAUAAUAAGUCCCCUUAAGAGUUUCUUAAAGCAGUCUUUCCUUCCAAUAGAAAAGAUGUCCAAGUACCUACAUGUAGGUAGGUAUUGGCAAUGACGAGGCUAAAUCAAGACGUAUCACGA